GCCAAUCGUAUUCUUCCCGCAGGUCCUGGAAUCUGAUACCAACGUCUGCCUCGACAAAUCUGACCUUGUUGGUUGAACCUCGACGGGCACUGAUCUCGGUAGCAGGCGAGGAACCUUCCUGAGUAUGCAGGCGACAGGAACACCGGGCCAUUCUCAGGGGUUCUGCUCAGACCGGUCCAUCACUCGUCCAAAUCCAUGUGAUAGCAGCAAACAUGAUUAGUUACUGAUAUUAUCUGUGACUAUUACAUCUGUUGCCUCAAGAUCCUGGGCCUAACAAAUUUGACUGGUCCAUGCGGAUGAUCACAGAACGGAGGAUUCGCCGCCAUGUCGCAGCUCCUAUUACCUGCAUCUCUGGCUUACAGUGGGUACAUAUGGCCCUGAUAUGCUGUUCCUAUCACUCUUGUUUUUGAGUUUUCCUCUUCUGACUUUUGGUUCUGCAUCUUGACUAUUCUGGACUCCCUCCAAGCCAUCUAAGCAUUUCCCGUCAACUUGCAGUCAACAUGACCAAGCCAGCGAUGGAACCGCCUCCGGGAAAGGAGUCCAACUUUGACAAUCCCGAUCGAGAACUGUACUACAUCUGCAUUGCUUCUAAUGUAAUUGCAAUGUCUGUCUGUUCAAUAUUUGUCUUUCUACGUCUGUGGGCCCGUUACAGGUUGACAAUGAGGCUUCGGCUAGAUGACAUUGCAUGUGUCAUUGGAUAUAUUGGUUUCAUGGGAUACUCUACUAUGUGUCUGCUGAUGUUGAGAUACGGCGGUGGCCUUCACCAAUGGGAUGUCCCAGAUCAUCUCAUAACGCAGUAUAACCAGACGGUCUAUGCGACCAUGGUCAACUACGGACCAACAGUCUUUGCCAUCAAAGCAGCCAUUCUUCUUUUCCUCGCCAGCAUCUUCGCCCCUUAUAAGACCUACGUUAAAUGGAUAUAUGGCUUCCUCGGAGUCAUGGGCAUCUACUACGUCGCGAUGCUGUUUCUCAAGAUGUUCAUCUGUCGACCAAUCUCAAUGUUCUGGGGCGCUACCACCGAUGGCGAAUGCUUCAAUCAGCGAGUUCUCAUUCUCGUCGAUAACAUCAUCAGUCUUCUCAGCGACAUCGUUGUCCUUCUUCUACCGUGCCCUCUUACCAAGAAGCUCCAAGUUGGGCUUAUCGCAAAGCUCAAGAUCAUCGCCAUCUUUGGAGUCGGAGGUAUCGCUUGCAUCUUUAGCCUUGUUAGGCUAGUCUUUAUCAUCCAUAAUGGGGAAAGUCCAGAUCAGACCUACGUCUUUCUGCAAAUCAACCUCACUGGAAUUGCUGAGUGUGGAAUUGGAGUUGUUUGCGCGUGCUUCCCGUUCAUGCCAAUGUUAUGGAAGUCCAUUCUUCACAAGGACAAGCCAGGUUAUUCGUCCAAUUACUCAAGGUCGCAGUUUGAGAUGAUGAGUUCGUCCAAACAGCGAUCGCGAAACACAGGGCAUACACCAGAGAGCGUUCACUAUAAUGAAGAUAUGGGGAGUGAUGAGAACAUCCUCAUUCCUAAUGGCAAGUCGUACGUUACCACUAAAGUACGUGCAGGGGAUGAUACGGCUGAGGGUAGUAGUGCUGGAGAUGGGAAUGGGGGACACGGAGCAAGCCUUGAUGAUUCGCAUAUUCUUCGAACAGUCGAGGUGCGUCAGUAUGAAGAGCAUUAA